GCGCGGACAUUUCCGUAAAUCUAGUCCUUGUCCGUAGAGGUUGCCUGCGAGCCUGCGACUCCCUCCGCUUAAACCCUUCUUCCUCCUUCUCCGCUCUAGGGUUUAGUACGCAACCGUAAAACCCCUCUUUCUCUCGACCGGUUGACGAUAGCCCCUUCGUCAUUGCAGCAAGCAGUGGCCCAAUGGCUUUCGCCCGAUUCAGUUUGAUCCGGCGCUUCAGUGGGGCGUCGCAACGCCUGCUGCUUCCCUCCAUUUCUCGAUGCUAUCCGAGUUUCAUGAAUUCGGGCACGGAAGGAUUUGGUCGCCAAAGCAUCAUGAAUAGUUCUUGCGACAUUAGCAGCAUUCUUGGUUGGAAUUCUAGAGAUUCCAUAAUGCUAUGUUCUAUGAAGGUCCCUGAGUUAAUGGUCUAUUCGAAGGGCACUAGGUCGAUGUCGACUAUGAAAGUUCCAGCUGGAGCACGACAGGUGGCUUUGAAAGUGACCAUGCUGAGCCCAGGAUUCGUCUAUGAGCCAUAUAAACCUCGUGAACUUAUUCCCUUUUGGAAAAGAUGGUUCACACCAAGUGGUUGGAGAAGAACUAAGGAGGAUAUCAUUCUUGAGAUGAAGAAUGCAUAUGCUAUUUCCAGACUAAGGAAAGUCACUGGAUAUUCAAAAAAACUUUUCUAUCAAGAUGCUAUAAGGUUGUACAAGGAGAUUAAUACUCUAAUAUCAGAUGGAAAUACCUCAUCUUUAAGAAAAGUUGUUACCGAGAAAAUGUAUUCUACACUCAAGAAUGAACUAAAACGAAGGGAAUCUAUGUGGAGUUCUAUAUACUGGGAAUUGGUUGAACCAGUAGUCAGCAUCCGGACAUUGCGGGCUCGAAUGAUUGCUUUAGACAAAAAUGAUCUUGACAAAGCUUUCAUACAGCUUACAAUCGAAUUUGUUACUAAGCAGAAAUUUGAAUCCUAUGAUUCAAAGGGUGCUGUUGUGUCUGGAGAUAAAACAAAAGAGGUACUUGUAAAAGAUAUCUGGGUUUUUGAGAGAUCACUCUUUCACCCUGGGGCUGACUGGCGUCUUUGUGCACGGCUUUCAGUAUAGGCUGUAUGAAGACCUUUCACAUGUAUGCCGGAUGGAAGAACUUAUCAUCUCUCAUCCUUUUUCUUUGAAUUCAUCUUUUGUUUCCAAUAGGGAAGAAAUUAUAGCAGGUUAUUGAGUCUUUUUUGAUGGAGACGAGCUCCUAUUUAACACACAUAAUACCUCCCUGUUCCAUUUUGACGGAUUUGGAGGACCAGGAUUUAUCUUGUAAAGUUGUUUGAGCACAUAAUUUUCUUAAUGCUUCAAUCAAUACAGAGGAGAGUAUGAGGUCCCUCUUGGUUCAGAAUACACAUGAACAGAGAAUGGCUGAAAUUAUUUGUUUGGAAUCAGCUUUUCAGGAUGCA